AUGUCGAAACCCUCUCCCUGGACCGACCACGCCCGAAAAUGGUUUCGGUGCACCGUCCUAGAGUUGGAAAGGAAGGCGACCUUCGGGCCGCAGAUCGACGGAGAGGGAAUCUGGAUCAAAGGUCAGCAGCAAUCAGACACAGCAGAGCGUGAAACAGAGCGUGUUCCAGAGUUCUCUAAGGCCGAAAUGUUUCGUGGUUCCACAAGCCGAAUGGCUUCAGGUUCCUUUGAAGCUUUCCUCGAGGACAUUUUGCUAAAAGAGUUGAAGGAGACCCCCGAUGCACAGCUGCGCAUUUGUGCACCAGAGCUCUUGUACCAUCGUUACUUGAACCACCGGCUCUUGGACAUCAUGCAGGAUCAGGUGGAUCUCAUCCGCUCCGGCAUGGUCCGACGCAUCGCCGCUCGGCUCCGCGUCCGACCCGUUCGGGCACUCCGCCUCCGCCGGGCCGUCGCUCCGGCCACCGAGGAGUGGCGCUUGGAGAAGGCGUCGUGUUUCCCAGAGAACGAAUGCCUUUGCAGCACCACCUUUGAAGCUGCAGGGGUCUUUUAUCCCUCGGGCUACUUGGGCGCCAAAGAAGGCCCGACCGAUUCGAAUCGCCGGGGCGAAGCAGGUCGAAGGGCGAAGGUGGAUCAACAGGUCAUGCAGACCACUCAGUCAAGUAGCUUCGCCAUCGCCUCAGAACGAGGCCCAGCCGGCAGCAUGAUCAAGUGCUGGCUUUCGGUGGGAAAGCACAAGCGCGAGGCGAAGUGUGGCUUUGAGAAACCGGGCUACUUCGGACGCACGAACUUCUGCCGCUUCGAGAACAGCAUCGACCCCGAUGACACCACGCUGCUGGUCUUGGAGAUCGACGAGGCGUGCCGGGUGAGGGCGGAGACGGAGGAGACAGGAGGAGGGAAGGCUCAACAAGGAUCAACAAGCCUGGUGAAGGUGGUGAGGUGGCGAGGCGCAGUGGAAGAUCGAGGAGCCGAUGAGUUGAACCGGGACAAAGGGACGCCGGGGCCGCAGCAGGGACCUCUCGGAAUUUCCAGCACCUAUGCCAGCGCCAGGCCCGAGCUGAGGUUCGUCAAGCUGGACUCCACCAGAAUGGACGCCAUCCGAUCUUCCGAACGCCGCCAGAACAGCCGCAUCCUGGAAGAAGACUCCAUGCGAUCCAUGCCACCCAGCCCGGUUUUCGUUCGUUGCGAUCGCCGCGCUGAUCGCCGCCGCAGCGGCCGCACCGGCCGCGCCCUCCAUCGCCAACGUCGCCGCACCUCGGCGGCAGAGCGCCGUCGAGCGACGGUGGAGCGGCGUGGCGAACAUGUGGAGGCGGAGGUGGCGGAUCCCCACUUGAAGUCGGUGGCGGGCGCUUUGACGGACCUGCUGAAAACCAACGGCACGGGCACCGCCGCCAACAACUCCGCCAUCAUCGGCACCAUCAAGGACUUGUUGGAGAAGAACAUGAAAGGCCAUGUGAAGGAGUCCUUUGAGAAGAGCGUUCAGGCGAUCGAGGAAUCCAAGCAUGAGUUUGCCCAGUGCCGCUUGGCUUACGAGAAAGCCGAUCCUGUGCGCUUCCCCAAGGCCUCCCUCCUGCAGGCGAACAGCACCCCAUGGUAUGAGGCCUACUUUCAGGCCUACAGCCAAUGCAAGGCAUGGGAGGGACAAGUGGCAGCCGACCUCACCGCUUGUGACUACUACUGCACUUCCCAGGUGAAGAUCAUGGGUGAGAACUGCACCAACCUGGGCCUCCAGUGCGGCCCCUUGGACUGCGCCCCCGUGAGCGGCGAGGGCUACAAGGCCUUCUUGGACCGGAUGAUCUCUGACAUCAAGGUCCGAGCCACUGCGCGCGCGCGCAUGCAAGCAAGCUUGCGCCGUGAGCUGACCACGGAGCGCGGGGGUGACGUGGGAGGUGUAUCCGGACAGAUUGGGAUUUCAUUGGGCUUCUCAAACUAUGAGGGCAUGACCGGGGUCAAAGAUGCCCGCCAUCGCUUCAUGGGGCAGAUCGAGGCCCUUCAACUGGCGCGCAGUGGCCCUGGACGCUACAACCUCACUCACCGAUGUCAAGACAUCCUGGGCACCGCCGAGCGAUGCUUCAAGAACUGCGACGGACACAUCGAGGAGAUCAUCCCCAAGAGCGAGUCGGACAUCCCUGGGUGCUGUGCUCCGCGCACACAGGCGGAGGAUGCCAAGUGCAAGGAGCUGGCAAAUCAGCGGAAGGCAUGGGAGGACUACGACGUGUGCUACGACAGCAAGUUUCCGCAGUGGGAAACCACCAAGGCUGAACAGCUGGCGCAGAUGCCAUCGUUGCAGGCUCAGAUGCGCUCCAUCUUGCGGAUGAUUUGCUACAUCGAGUCCUUUGGGGAGAAUCAGGCCGCCAAGUUGAAUCAAUGUAUGGAGAAGGACUACACCAAGCACCCUGAGGUCGUGGCGCUCACCCUGGAGCCUGGCCUCCCCGAUGAAGAGAAGGUUGAUGCCUUCUCGUGCAAUGCCAGCGAGACCCCCGGCACCGAAGCAUUUGAUGAGUUGCACUAUCACGAUCUGCCUGUGGGUGGCUCGCCUGCCUCUCACGCUCGCUGCCCUCUGCGUUCAGGUGGCUUCGUGAACGUGAAGGCCAUGAAUGUCAGCACCACCUCCCUGGCGCCCUUGGUGGAGAAGACGACGGUGAAGAGCCACUGCUUUAAGAAGGGUGAGAGCCAAACCGCCGUCUUCUGGGACUUGGGCUCUGCUCAGGACGUGGGCACCGUCUCGGCGAUCCCCUCCGCCGGCGUCGCACGCAUCAAGGCCGUUGCCUUUUUUCCUUUUGGGCCACCGUUUUGGGAGGUGCGGGGGGGUGCAACGAGUUCCCCAAAGUUGCAGCUGUCUUGUUCACUCCGAAGGGAGAGCAUGUAG